AUGAUGUGUGGAAGCAUUCCCAUGCCUGACCAGAAGAAGCUUGGCUUGGCUGCUGACAGGAUUAAAUAUCUCUCCUGGGUCAACUACUACAAUAUGACUUUUGCUGACCCCGCAAUUUUUCCAGCAGACUGGGAUAACACCAUAGCAGAUAAUGUUCCUAAUUGGUCUCCAGUAGAAGUGGAAGAACUGCUUGAUCUAAUUUCAGAACUUAAAACAGAUGAUGCCUUAGAUGAGGCAACCAGAAAAGAACUUUGCACAGACACCUUCUGUAAAGUGUGUGGAGCCGUCCUGCAGUUUGAAUCUCAAAGAGUUUCCCACUAUGAGGGGAAAAGGCAUGCUCAGAAAGUUCGACUUUAUUUACAAAUGCACAGUGAACAAGAGGAAGGACAAGAACCUGGAAAGCAGAAGAGGCUGUUUGUGAAUUUCCAGACGGACCCAAAUGUGGACAAAAACACAUACUGCAGGCUCUGCAACAUGAUCUUCACAUCCCCUGUUGUUGCUCAGUCACACUACCUGGGGAAAAUCCAUGCCAAGAAGUUGAAGCAGCUCUCAACGGACCAGGCUCAGCAUUCUGCCCCGAGCACUCAGCCACAACCUGGUCUGUCUUUAAUAUCAGCUGUUCCAGAGUUGUGUCAUGAGAAGACUUCACAGGAUGCUGAUGCUGAAGACCCAUCUAUCUCCUCGAGUGCUUCUUUCAAUUUAGAUAAUCCAGAGAAGUAUUGCAAGCUUUGUUUAGUUUCAUUCAACAAUCCACUCAUGGCCCAUCAGCACUAUGUUGGCAAGAAGCACAAACGAAAUGAAGCACGUAAGAAACUGAUGGCUGAGAUAGGACCUGAGGCUCUAUCUGCGGAAUCCAAGACCAGUGCAAUUGGAGCUGGCAACUAUAUUUGUCCCAUAUGUAGCAUUAGCCUUACAUCUAUAGAAAUGUACCAGUCUCACAUGAAGGGUAAUAAGCAUCAAAUAAAAGAAGCCAUGAUAGUCAGUCUGAUGAAGAAAGCCAAGAAAACGUAUAAUUCCUUCCAGGAUGAACUGGCAGAUUACAUUGAAGUGCAAAAAGCAAGAGGAUUGGAACCAAAGACUAAUUUUAGAAAGCCAGAGGAAGAGUUCCAAAGGGAAGAGUUUGAAGCAUUAAGUGGUCAGGAGACCAUUGCAUUUGACCAAGAUCAGUUUUCACAUGAUAUGUAUGAACCAGAUCAGCAUUCCAUUUUUUUCACAGAAACAUGUGCUCCUUCAUACACUGUUGAAAAGAGAGUACCAAGCUGGUCACCAGCUCUUGCGAAUCCACUGAAACUGGAGAAUGCACCUCUGUCUCAAUUGAGUAUAGAACCUUGUUCAGAAAAGCAAGGGUCUCCGUUGGCCACCUGCAAAUGGGAUGAUAAUGACUGGUCAUCUGAUGAAAGUCUCACGUUUUCGGUCAGGAGCCCCAACUAUUCCAGGGGAAGUCAAAAGACAAAGAAAAACAAGAAAGAAUAUGCUGGAGAUGGAGAAGAGAACCCUUGUCAGCAGUUUCCAAAGCCCAAAAGGAAACGGUACUGUAAAGAAGAAAUGUACUUGACCAAGGGCAGUGAGAAACAAAAGCAAAGACAAGUUACUGUCGAUUCAGUUGCUGAGUGGAAAGCAAAGCAUGGCAAAGACAAGGGAAAUAAAGACAGUUUUUCUGAAAAGGAAAGUAGGAAACACAAGGAGAAAAAGAAGGCCAAAGUCAGCGGACCAAUAGAUGAGGAGACACUUUGGAAUGAGUCGGUCUUAGGAUUCUGAGUUUUUUCUAAUGGACUUUGUGUUCAUUUGUAGCCUGAACUAAGGGAAAUUUCUGUGCUUCAAUUAUUGAUUAUAUUAAUUGGUCCAGAAAUAAGAGAUCUCUCAUAUUCAUCACCCAUUAUUUGACCUGAAAUACUGUAAUAUGUGCUUUAAAAAGCCAGUAGUUUACAGCUCCUGGUAUGCCACGAAGCACAUUGCAGAGUUAGCAUUUUACCAACAUUUAAAAAUGUAUACAAUGCACUGAAAGCUUUAAAAAUUACUAUGAAGGGGGAGGAGUUGGGCCUGUUGUAUUUCUUGUUUACAGUUGUUUUCUCAUUCAGUCUGACAAUAAAAAAUGAGAUAUAAGUAAAAAUUAAGUUAUUGUUCAAGUGGAUCAACCCAUAGUCUGAAAUGGCACAUCUCCUUGCUUCUAUUUAAGCAUCUCUUCUGUAGUUGUGACGGGCUAGAGGGAUAUCUCUCCCUGCCAAAAGAACUUGGUGAUCUCUCAGAGAUGUGUGCAACCCCAUGUGGGACUGUGGUAGCAGCCACUCAACAACUGUUUCAAGCAA